CUAAAACCGUUAAGUCGUUGUGUAAACGUGAACAUCAAAUGUGAAUAUAUAAUUAAAAAAUGUGAAAUACUGUGUAAAUCAAUUUUUUGCUCUAUCCGACUACAUAAGAAAGAUUCUAUAUAGCCAUAGAUAAAAGAAAAGUAUUACUACAAUAAUGAAGAGGACGGGAUGGAAGAAGAUGCUGCAAUUGCUGGAGAAAGUACGACAUACGAAAGUACGAAAAAAUAUUCAUCACAUGAUACGAGUGAACAAACGGCCAAUGAAAAUUCGCAAGAUGAGAAAUCACAUACACCAUCUAUCGACAACAAGAUGGAAGACAGCGUGGACAGCUUUUUAUCGGAAGCUCUUAGUAGCGACCAGGGCAGUAGUUCUUGGCGUUCGUCGGCCUCCACGCCGGACUCGGCUUCGUCCUGUGCGACCCCUGACGGCGCAGCAGCCGCUGAAGCAUCCUGCACGAUUGGUGCAACGGAACAGACUCCCUAUCAGUGUCAAUUUUGCGCUAAAGCAUUUCCUAGGCUGAGCUAUCUCAAAAAACACGAACAGACGCAUUCUGAUCAAAUGCCGUUUCGAUGCGAGUAUUGCUCGCGCCUUUUCAAACAUAAGAGGUCCCGUGAUAGACACACAAAGCUACACACAGGAGACCGACGUUAUAGGUGUGCGCAUUGCGAAGCUGCCUUUUCGCGCAGUGAUCAUUUGAAGAUUCACAUGAAGACCCAUGAUACUCAGAAACCAUUUCAAUGUACUGUAUGCAAUCGCGGAUAUAACACAGCAGCUGCUUUAACAUCCCACAUGCAAAAUCAUAAAAAGCAAAUUUCUUCGACCUCAGAAGCAAAUGGCGCCAAUGGAAGCAAUGGUAUAUCAUUUCGAUGUUUGCAGUGCACAGAAUCUUUUCAGUUACCUGAAGAAUUGCAGCGUCAUACGUCAACUGAACAUUCCGCGGAAAGCCAACAGGCUAGUCGCUCAGCACAUAAUAGCACUCCAUACGGAUGUGAUAUGUGUACCAUGCGUUUUCCAUCCCUGGAAAGCUUGCAAAGGCAUAACCUUAUAGCUCAUCCUACAAAUAGCCCGACUCCUGAACAACUCACGCCAACUGACUUGAGCAAAAAAACAGCGAAACGCAGACGAACCGCCGAACCUGAACAUCCAACUCCACAGUACAUGGGAGCGGGUCCACUACUUUGCAAUCAAUGUUCUGCUGUUCUGCCUGAUUUUGAAGCGUUCCGCACGCAUCUUAAAAUCCACUUGCAGCAGAAUGGAACCGUAGCUACAAUUCCUGCUCUGUCAUGCGUUCAAUGCGGUGCAGUAUGUCCCGACGCCGGAGCUUUAGAGCGUCAUGUAGCUGCUCAUUUUUUAUCAACUACAUCGGAAUUUGGCUGUCAAAAUUGCAGAAAAAUAUUUCAGGAACCAGAAAGUUUGCAUCGUCAUCUCCUUGAGCAACAUACGACCCGUGUGUUGCGUUGUUCACUUUGUAGAGAGUUGUUUGAAAGCGAGGCUUCUAUUCGACUACACUUUGCGGUUAAGCAUUCGCAAGAAACGCGCCUGUUUCGUUGUACAGCCUGUGGGGCGGAGACGCGUUCUGAACGCGAGUUUAGGCAGCAUGUGCGUUUGCGACAUCCUUUAACUCCGCCACAUGCUCCUACUAUUUCACCUUUGUCGGUAAUACCAUCUACACGCGCCCCUCUGCGAUGUGCAUUCUGCAGAGCAGCAUGCGCCACCGAACUAGAGAUGCAUUUUCAUUUAGCGGCUCACGCUCGGCAAUUUAGAUGCCCAUUGUGUCCUGAAGCAUUUCACGUCGAGUUUCUGCUUGAUCGUCAUCUACAAACAAGGCAUUCUCAACAACCAAUGCCGGCUGCUGUUCCUGACAUUCAAGAACCUUUAGAGCGCAUAUCCCCUACGCGAACCAAUGAUAACAACAAUGCUCGCAAAAAUUGCGAUAUUUGCGACCGUGAUGAUUUCAUGAGUGAAUCCGAACUUGCUGCACACAGAAAGCUCGUCCAUCAUCUGAAGGGGGCAUCUCGCGUUAGUCCUCAUUGCGCUUACUGCAAUGAACCAUUCAGAUCUCGAGCUGAGUUAGAAACUCAUAUUAAAACCGCCCACCGCACUUCUGCUUCUAGUAAACACAAAUGUGUCAUUUGCGAUGAGGUAUUUCCUGCUGCCGCAGUUCUCGCCGAACACAAACUAUCCCAUUGCAAAGUCGGUCCCGGGGGUCGUUGUGCGCAAUGCGGAGCAUUAUUUGCCGACGAGCAAGUUUUUCGAGCACAUCUCUCCCAGCACAGUGGUCGUGAACUUCCAGCGCCUUGUCCGGUUUGCCGUCAGACCUUGUCGACCGAUUUAGAGGUUGGGUUGCAUGCUCGUUUUCAUUUAAAAACUGCUGUGGUUAGUACAAGGACGCAUUGCUCGCUAUGCAGACAGCCAUGUGAGGUAAGCGAAGUUAGUGGAAGUGUUUGCAGAAAUUGUUGUGAUUCGGGAAGGACACGUACAAUAACAGAAACGUGGAGCUGUGCUCAAUGUAGAUCGGAUUUUGACACCGAACAACAAGUGCAGGCACACGUUGCUUUGCACGAAAGCCGUGAUUCGAGCCUUCAAUGUCGAUUGUGCGCGUACAGGCCCGCCGGUCCACAACAACUCCAAGCGCAUUUAAUAGAACAUACGUUUGCUGGCUGUGACAGUCGAGGUUUUUCUUGUUAUAUAUGCUCGGCUGUUUUUACAAAUGCGCCCGGUUUGUUGCAGCACCUAUCCGAACACGGGCCACAAGCACGACUAUACGAGUGCUCGAGGUGUGAUAUGAGAUUUUACUUCAGAGCUGAACUUGACAAUCACAGUUACACACACGCUGAAGCAGACGCUAAAUCUGAUGAUCAGCAGGUUCAAGUCAAAGCAGAAUGCUCUGAUGAAUAUAUUGAGGUAGCUUCACCUAGAUCUAGUACUCCAAUUGAACCAAAAGUAGGAAUGCCACCGGAACCACACAUCGCAUCUAAAAGCCCUGUUCCAAUCGAGAACCCAGUAGAUAAGGUGAUGUAAAGUAAUAAGUAAUAUAUGUUUAUAAUUAAGGAUUAAACACCCAGUAGAUAAAAUUGUUGAGCUCAUAAAAUAAUACUGUUAAUAUGUUGACUAUAGAUUACCUGACAUCAUAUUAUUACAUUCUAAAGUAUGAGAUU